CGCUGCUGGCAGAGGAGUCAGCGCUCCCACAAUGAUUUCCGCUCACACACUGUUGCGCCUCCCUGGAUAACCACCGCAGGUCAAAAUGUCAAUUACAGGUUUAGCCUUCAGAUAAAAGAAGAAAAAAAAAGUGAUUCAGAGUUUUUGUAUUUUUAUUUUUCUUCCUCGUUUUAAAAAGAAAGAAAAUAAAAUAGAUAGUGUGAAGUGGAAAACGCCUGAGAAGUUGUUCAUUUACUGAGGUUGACCACCUGUGUUUUUAAACCAUGGCCUACACACUGGGUAUGGCACCUGAUGGUCGGACACGCAGUGUGGGACCACAGCACUGCGUGACUCGGGUUGAGCUAUCUGUCACUGCGUCCAACCUGCUGGAUCGAGAUGUAGCCUCCAAAUCGGACCCUUUCUGUGUCCUCUUCCACGAGGUGGAUGGAAAUUGGGUGGAGCUGGGACGGACUGAGACAGCAGUGAACAACCUAAACCCAGUGUUUGGGGUGAAGUUCCAGGUGGAUUAUCAUUUCGAAGAGAUUCAGAAGCUUCGCUUUGCCAUGUUUGAUGAAGACAAGUGUGCAACGCAGCUUUAUGAACACGACUUCCUGGGAGAAUUCAUCUGUACUCUGGGCGUGAUCGUGUCAAAUAAGAAACUUCACAAACCGUUGAUAUUGGCCAAUGGCAAGCCAGCUGGCAAAGGUUCCAUCACGAUAACAGCACAGGAGCUGUCUGACAACAGAAUCAUCACUUUGACCCUGAGUGGGCGUAAACUGGAUAAAAAGGACUUCUUUGGUAAAUCAGAUCCCUACCUGGAGUUCCAUAAACAGGGAGAAGAUGGGAAAUGGAUGCUGGUACACAGGACAGAGGUCAUAAAGAACACAUUGGACCCGGCGUGGAAGCCUUUCACUGUGCCUCUCGUUUCUCUUUGCAAUGGAGAUGUGGACAGAAGCAUUAAGGUGCUGUGUUAUGAUUACGAUAAUGAUGGAGGCCAUGACUUCAUUGGAGAGUUUCAGACCACAGUUUCCAAGAUGAGUGAAGCACAAAACUCUGUGGAGGUGGAGUUCGACUGUAUCAACCCCAAGAAACAGAAAAAGAAGAAAAACUACAAAAACUCAGGAGUCAUCAUUGUCAAGUCCUGCAAGAUUGCCCACGAUUACACCUUUCUGGAUUACAUACUGGGAGGAUGCCAGCUCAUGUUCACAGUUGGUAUAGACUUUACAGCUUCUAACGGGAACCCCAGAGAGCCAUCCUCUCUCCACUACAUCAACCCACUGGGCAGCAACGAGUAUCUCUCUGCCAUUUUAGCUGUUGGCCAAAUCAUUCAGGACUACGACACUGACAAAAUGUUUCCUGCGCUUGGAUUUGGAGCUCAACUCCCACCAGACUGGAAGGUUUCCCAUGAAUUUGCCAUCAACUUCAAUCCCACUAAUCCCUUCUGUUUUGGUGUGGAGGGCAUUGCCCAGGCUUACUCUGCCUGUCUCCCUCUUAUUCGCUUUUAUGGGCCUACAAACUUUGCUCCAAUCAUCAACCAUGUCGCUCGCUUUGCCGCUCAGGCGCUUCAGCAGGAGAAAGCAGCGCAAUACUUCACUCUCCUCAUCAUAACAGAUGGAGUCAUCAGUGACAUGGAUGAGACACGCCAUGCCAUUGUUCAGGCCUCCAAGUUGCCAAUGUCCAUCAUCAUUAUUGGUGUUGGUAACGCAGACUUUGCUGCCAUGGAGUUCUUGGAUGGAGAUGCCAGCGUCCUGAGGUCCAACACAGGAGAGGAGGCGAUCCGGGACAUCGUGCAGUUCGUCCCAUUCAGGGAUUUCCGUAAUGCACCGAAGGAGACACUUGCCAAAUCGGUCCUGGCUGAGCUUCCUCAGCAGGUCACGCAGUACUUCAAACAGAGAAAUGUACCGCCCAUCAAUCCAGCACCAGAGUGAGACAGCCCGAGGUCCAGAGUGUAUUCACUGUACAAUAACACGACAGAUCCUAAAAAUGUUCUUGUUAUAAGAAAACAAUGCAGAAUGAAAAUGUGUGUGUCACAAAAUGGAAAAAAAACAAAACAAAAAAAAAACAGCUCAACAUCUAUGAGAUUAUAUUUUAUACUGGUUAAAGCCUUUUCGGGUCAGUUUAAAGUGUAAGUCAAUCACAAGUGAAAUUUGUUUCCAAAAGCUUAUCAGCACGGAUGUGUUCAGGUUUUGGGAAGUUGAUUACAGACAGGAUGUUUUUUUAUUUAUUUAGCAUGUCAGUGUGUCACGUGACAGAGGCCAUGCGAUCCAUGGAUCUCCAUUGUGUGAAAUCCUGUUUUGAAGCCAAACAGUAAAACAACCCUCUCCAGGUUUUUAUAUGAGGUAGCAGAUGUGAUGAAGCUGCUUGCUUAUGCGUCAUGUGCAGAAGACUCACAGUAUGAGUCUAAACAAAGCAGAAUUUUGUCAGCCACGACAGAGAGAUUUUUAUUUGGAAGUUGUGAGCAGAUAUCUGAGCCAUGGGGAUUAAUUCUUGGAAAGGAUCAAAUCAGAGCAGAAUGGGGCCACAGUGGCUGCUGUAGCAACAUCGCAGGGUAGGAGUGGGAUACUGUGUAAAGUAAUUGGCUGUUUAACAAUGAGAUAUUUUUGUUAGCUUUUGCACAGUUUCUGUAUUUACCUUAACCAAACUCGAUCCUGCAUGUUGCCAGUAUUUCUUUAUUGUUUACAAAAGCUAAGGAUUACAAAUGCAUGUUUUAUAUUAAUAUUAAUCAGAUGAAAAUAUUUGAUUAAAGUUUCUUGAAAUAAAAUAUUUAUUGAGUGAAAUAUGAUAAAAAAUAUUUUAAAAGAGAAAGUACAGAGAAAUGUUGGGUGGGAAUUUUUUGAAUGUAUAUUUAUAUGAUGCUGUUUGAGAAAUGACAAACCAAUGUUUUUGCCAUGUUUAAUGUCAUUUUUAUGCAGUCUUGAAUUGUGCAAUUAAAUUACAAUGUGUAUUGCUGUCAGUCUUUGUAGCAAAUACAUUGCUUUUCUUUUUCUUAUAAAGGAAUAAUAGUAUAUGCAGAUGGAUAAUGAUUGAACCAACUGGUACAUGUGUUAUGAAAGAUAAUGGAAAU